UAUUAUUAUCUAGUUGAAAGUCGCUACAUUAUGGCACCUCAUGACAAAAUCGUACCAAUCACCAAGAAAACAAUCCCCAACAAUGUUCUCCACGUUCUUCAGAACUGUGAUUGUGUCUGCUUUGAUGUCGACAGUACGAUGUUGACCUGCGAAGGUAUCGAUGAGAUGGCGAGAUACGCAGGAAAGCAUGAGGAAGUGAAAGCUUUGACAAAGAAAGCUAUGGGUGGUAAUAUGUCAUUCAGAGAGUGCCUUACAGAGAGGCUGGAAAUAUUACAACCCACAGCUCAAUUGAUCCAGGAGAUGAUCGAAAUGAAGCCCCCUGGCAUUACUCCAGGAUUUCAGGAACUGGUAGAUGCUCUGAGAAGCAGAGGAACUGAAAUCUAUCUAGUUUCCGGAGGGUUUGACUGUCUGAUCGUCCCUGAAGCUGCCAAAUGUGGAAUUGCUCCAAACCAUGUCAUUGCAAAUACCAUACUUUUUGACAAAGAAGGAAAAUACGCCGGAUUUGACAAGAAUAACUUCACCUCUGAGAAUGGAGGCAAAGCAAGGGCCCUUCAGUAUCUGAAAGAUUCCUUCAAGUUCAACAAAAUGAUAAUGAUCGGAGAUGGCAUGACGGAUGCUGAAGCUCGUCCUCCCGCGGAUAUUUUCAUCGGGUUUGGUGGAAAUGUGAAACGAGACGCAGUGAAGGAAGUGUCCGACUACUACACCUCCAGCUUUUUCUCUAUAUUAGAGGCUCUUCAACUGAAAUAGAUUAAAAACAUCUGAAGUAAGUACUCAUCGAUGUUCGAUUGGUAUGGAAUGACAGGGGUUGAUCUCAGCUCUGUUUAUUUUUUGAGGCAUCGCUAAUAAUCUAA